GGGAGCCCGAGACACAACAAACAUGGCGGCGGCGGUGACGGAGACGGCGGCGGCGGCGGCGGCGGCGGCCGGGGAGGUGCAGCAGGCGCUGGGGGCUCGUCCGUGCGGCGGUCAGGCGGCUUUGCCCCCCUAGGUGUCAGGACUGUGCGCUUUCGAGAAGAGAGGGGGAAAGACGCAAAGAUGGGUGAGAAGAAGCCGGAGCCGCUGGACUUCGUGAAGGACUUCCAGGAGUACCUGACGCAGCAGACCCACCACGUGAACAUGAUUUCCGGGUCGGUCAGCGGGGACAAGGACGCCGAGGCCCUUCAGGGAGCUGGAGCAGAUGGUGACCAAAACGGCCUUGAUCACCCAUCUGUUGAAGUGUCCCUGGACGAAAACUCAGGAAUGUUAGUAGACGGGUUUGAAAGGACUUUCGAUGGGAAGCUCAAGUGUCGCUACUGCAACUAUGCCAGCAAGGGGACGGCCCGGCUCAUCGAACACAUCCGGAUCCACACAGGAGAGAAGCCUCAUAGAUGCCACUUGUGUCCGUUUGCAUCUGCUUACGAGCGUCACCUGGAAGCCCACAUGCGUUCCCAUACCGGAGAAAAGCCGUACAAAUGUGAAUUAUGUUCCUUCCGCUGCAGUGACCGGAGCAACCUGUCCCAUCACCGGAGGCGCAAGCAUAAAAUGGUACCAGUCAAAGGUGCUCGGUCUUCUCUCAGCAGUAAGAAAAUGUGGGGGGUCUUGCAGAAGAAGACAGGCAACCUGGGCUAUAGUCGGCGCGCGCUGAUCAACCUGAGCCCGCCGUCCAUGGUGGUGCAGAAGCCCGACUACCUUAGCGAUUUCACCCACGAGAUCCCCAGCAUCCAGACUGAGUCCUAUGAGAGUCUGGCCAAACCUUCAGCCGCCGGCGGUCUCCCCAGAGACCCCCAGGAGCUCCUGGUUGACAACCCCUUAAAUCAGCUCUCCACGCUAGCGGGACAGCUGUCCAGCUUGCCUCCUGAGAACCCCGACCCCGCGUCCCCCGGUGUGGUGCCGUGCCCUGAUGAGAAGCCUUUCUUGAUGCAGCAGCCGUCCGCCCAGGCCGUGGUCUCGGCCGUGUCCGCCGGCAUCCCGCAGAGCGCCUCGCCCACCAGCCCCGACCCGCGGCCGGCGCACGGCCAGAGGAACUACAGCCCCGUGGCGGGCCCCAGCAGCGAGCCCAGUGCCCACACGAGCACGCCGAGCCUGGGGAACAGCCAGCCCAGCACCCCCGCGCCCCCGCUGGCCCUGCAGGACCCGCAGCUGCUCCACCACUGCCAGCACUGUGACAUGUACUUCGCAGACAAUAUCCUUUACACGAUUCACAUGGGCUGUCACGGGUAUGAGAACCCUUUCCAGUGCAACAUAUGUGGCUGCAAGUGCAAGAACAAGUACGAUUUUGCCUGUCAUUUUGCAAGAGGGCAGCAUAACCAACACUGACGGAAUACAAUCACCCUUCUGUUUUAUUUGGUUUUGCUGUUUUGUGUUCUGUGGGGUGUUUUGUUUUGUUUUGUUUUUUCUCUUGGGGAAGGGGGACGGGUGGGGGCCUAUUAUCCCUAAUAAGGUGUCUGCUAAUUUAAAGUAUAUUUAUAGAAUAUAAAUUUGACCUUGCAGGCAAGAUUUUUUUUUCCUGGUUUUUGCUUUCUUUUAUUUUAUUUUAUUUUAUUUUAUUCAUUUUUAAUCACCAGAUUAAAAAUCUGGUCAGGGUCAUUUAAAUAUUUGGAUAGUUGGACACAUUGGUGCCUGCUUUUUCAUUCGGAUGUUGGAGAUUUGGAGUACGAUCGGCAUCUCGGCAGGUGUUUACCUGAACUUGCCAUACUUGUGGUCCACAAACUCAAGACUUAACUGUAUUGUGAUGUGUGUAUUGCAGCUAAAUGUUAUUCUUAUUUAAAAUGGUAGAAUAAAUUAUUUUCUCCUACAAAAUCUGUUACAGCUUAUUUCAGUGUUUAGAGGAGGAAUUGCCUUUAAAAUAGCUCUUAAUUAAAAUACUAUUUAACUCACAUAGCUCAAUCAUUGUUGAAUCAGUAACUUCAUUUCAAUUGGUAAUAGAAAAGCUAUUUCCAUGUAAGAAUUCUUUUUAAAAUAAAGUUGUAAAAAUAAGAGAAAGUUCUAAAAUAUGAAAUUAAGACUUCAAAUUAAUAGGUAUUUCAAAUUACCUGUCAUCCAGUUUCUCUGUUAAACAACAUGCCAAGUUGCCGUUGAAUUCUUGUCAUUACACUCCCAGUUUAUUUCACAAAGACACAGGUAACACAUCAGAGUGAAAGAAAUGCCAGCGGGUUAGUUAAGAAGAUGCCUUUUCCCCCUUUAAUUUGAACAUUGCCUUUCAGCCCUUCGUUCUGUCAUUCGUGUCAGUCGGGGUUACUUGUUAUUCCUAUUACUUUGUUGACCAAAGAGUUCGAGUGGAAUCUUCCAUCUCACUCCUAGGAGACAGAGUCCUCGGAACAAAUUGCUGAGAUUUCCUUCCCCGCCUUCUCUCCAGUCACUGACCAUGAUUUUCAAGAAAAGGUGGGUAUAGCAGCACGUGGGGAAAUGUGACUGUCACGUAGUCCUGAAGCAAGGACACGUGGCCCAGCAGAUUCUGUUCUCUGUGGGCGGCUGAGGUCUUUUCUGCAAAUACAAGUUGUGAUCCUGAAUUGCCGUUUCCCGAGUCUUUCCUGCACAGCGACAGGCUCUGCGGAGACAGUGAUUGACUUGUCGCCUUAGUAGGGAAGGAUGCAGAAGUGGGAUGGCAGCUGUAGAGUACAUUUAAACAGACUUAAUUUGUUUACCAAAAUAAGACUUGCUGAAUAAAUCUAGAGUCAUUAAUUUUGAAUAGGAGCCUAUUGUUUUUCUACUGUGUAAUAACUAGCUUACUCUGAAGACAGCUCGGUCAAAUAAUAAAACAUAUUGUUACUAACUUGUUUUCUGUGUACUUUGAAAAUUUUUAUUUUUAACUUGGUGCAGAUCUUCAAAGUAUUACUAAUUGGCUUCUUUGAAGAGGGACUCCUGGGCCAGAGAAGUAGUCGAGGGGUUAAGGCACUUGACUUGCAUGCGCUGAGCCUGGUCCAAGCGUGGGCACGGUCAGGGAUGGGCCCUAGGCACCCCAGGUGUGGCCCGAACCACCCACCCCCCUAAAAGAGGAUAUACUCCCGUGAAGUGCUUACUAACCAAAAGGAAUCCCUUCUCAUAAGUCAAGCAAACUAGAGAUUGUGUGUCUCCACAAAACCCCCGUGCCGGGUCAGGCAUCUCUGCCCCUUCUGGGUACCAGAAAGCAUUCCCCGCAGUGCUCGAGCAGAGCUGUCCAUCCCGGGGCUGUGGAUUCCAGACUCCACGGUCCUGUGGCUUACACCCUCUCAGCUCAACAAGUCUCAGCACAGCCGUUUCAAAAUGUCUAAUGCGGCCCGAGUAUUGAUUUAGUGCCGUGCCAGAAAGGAACAGGUUAACAUUGUCUGGAAGCUUUAUGGUUGUUUUUUUCUUCACUUGUAUUUUAUUUUUCAAAUAAAAGCAAUACUCUAAAAUAGAAAGUGAACUUGAAUAAUGAGAAUGAGCUUUCUUGUUAAACCCAGUUUAUUAACUGUAUACUUUGGGCCAAAUAGUGACAAAUAUAUUUUUUCUGACAACUAAGUAUAGAUUUUCUGAAGAUGUGUUUUUAUUUAAACAUAGAAAAGAUUUCUUUUUCAUAAUUACAAGAAUGUGUGAUUCUAGUGUUCCUACUUUGAAGAGCACAGUGGGUAUUCCAAAGGUGUCAAUGUUUGAAAGCUACAAUUAAUUCUAAAUGCACUAAAAUUGUUGAAGCAAAUCUACUUUAGGAACGUUUUUAGUAUUGUAAUUUAAAAAAUUACAUUCAGAAUUUUAUUUAAGUAUCUGUGAGUUCUAUAUUUGGAAAGAUGUUAAUAUCUUCCAUUAAGUAUUGAAAAUGUUUCAUUUUAUUUUUAAUCAAGUAUUUUGUAGAAAUGAGUUGUUGGGGAAAGUUUAACAUGCACUAUUUAUAGUACUUUGCUGUUAACAGGCAAUGUUCUAAAACUAAAUUAUUUUUGUUCAGUGAACAUAAGUUUAGAUUUUUAAAGUUGGUAGAUAAUUUAUCUCCACUAAUAUUUUUUUAAGAAACUGUGAAGAGAUUAAUAGGAAAUAAUUUUAUUUCAGAUUUUACUAAUGUACUAUGUGUAGCUAAAGCUUCUUGAAACUCAAGUAAAAGCUAGACUUGGAGAAAAUUCCACUGGAGAUUUUCCAGUGCUAUUUCAUUUUAGAAAUAAGUGUUUGCCAUUUGUAUGUGGAAUUAACAAAAGGAACAUUACUAAAAUAUGUUGAGAUAAAUCUCACUUUGAAUGAUACAAAAAUAUUUAUCAAAUGGAUAUACUGUAACUAAAAUCCUCCCUUUUCAGUAGUCUUAGAAGGUAUGUGAUUUCUAGAGCUUGUUUUUGUUAACUACUUUGAUGUUAAAGAAAAUUUUGUAUGCAAAACAUAAAACUUAAGUAUGUUUGCAUAAACACAACAUACGUUUAGGGAUUCCAGAAAGCAGUUGGAUCCUGAAACUAGUAUGUAGCUUAUAUUGUAAAUGAAGCUUUGCUUUUGUAAUACGUGAAUAAAGAAGUAACACUUUCUAAUGA